AUGACUGGUGCAAAUAGCUCCUUGUCAGUCGAGUUUGUGCUCACAGGAUUCUCAGAUCACCCAGAGCUGAAGACCCUGCUGUUUGUCGUGUUCUUUGCCAUCUAUCUGAUCACCAUGGUGGGCAACCUUGGUCUGGUGGCCUUGAUUUACGUGGAACGUCAACUCCACACUCCAAUGUACAUCUUUCUUUGCAACCUGGCCCUGAUGGAUUCCUGCUGUUCCUGUGCCAUCACACCUAAGAUGUUAGAGAACUUGUUUUCUAAGGACAAAAUGAUUUCCUUCUAUGAGUGCAUGGCACAGUUUUAUUUUCUCUGCCUUGCUGAGACUGCUGACUGCUUCCUGCUGGCAGCAAUGGCCUAUGACCGCUAUGUGGCCAUCUGCAGCCCUCUGCACUACCACACCAGGAUGUCCAAGACAUUGUGCAUUCAGAUGACCGUCGGAACCUUCAUAGCUAGUGCUCUGCAUUCUAUGAUUCAUGUAGGGUUUUUAUUAAGGCUAAGUUUCUGCAGGUCUAAUCAAAUUGACCACUUUUUUUGUGAUAUUCUUCCACUGUAUAGACUCUCCUGUACUGACCCUUUUAUCAACGAACUAAUGAUAUAUAUUUUUUCAAUGCCAAUUCAAAUCUUCACUAUUGCCACUGUCUUGGUAUCUUAUUUCUGUAUUCUUUUUACUAUUUGCAAAAUGAAAUCCAAGGAAGGGAGAGGUAAAGCAUUUUCUACUUGCGCGUCCCAUUUUUUCUCUGUCUCAAUAUUCUACAUUUGCCUUCUUAUGUAUAUUCGGCCAUUUGAAGAAGGAGAUAAAGACAUACCAGUUGCAAUAUUUUACACAAUCAUAGUUCCUUUAUUAAAUCCUUUUAUCUAUAGCCUGAGAAAUAAGGAAGUGAUAAAUGUUCUGAAAAGAAUUCUGAACGCUUACAAAAUUCUUAAGCAAAUGUCACCCUCUACAGCAAACUGA